AUGUCGAGCGUUGUUCCAGCAGUCCUUUCAUCCACCCUCCUGAAGAAAUCCAUCAUCCCCUUCUCCUCCUCCAUCAACCCGAUCCGACUGAUAAGUCCUCCAACGCCGAAUUAUCCACGUUCAUGUCCUCCGAUUUCGCCGAGAAGGGCCGGCGAAGCAUAUGCUGAUGGUGGGGGUCCGCCACUUUUGGCGAUGCCAGUCCAUGACCCGCCUGGCCCGUUCCCAGAGAUCUUCCCGGGGGGCAAGGCCCCGAUGGAGUUCCCUCCUCACGCCCCCGACUACAGCCCCUUGACUGCGCCGCCAGAGCUGCCGACCACUGUCCCACCUCCCAGCUUCGACCCGAUUGGGCCAGUCCCCCAGGAGGUGCCCGCUGAUCCUCCGCCAGGUGGUCCGGGUCCCAACCCGGGUCCGGAUUUCCCAGGCCCGCCGAUUCCUUCUCCCUCAAAGCCCGAGGUGCCGCCACCCCAUAUGCCGGAUAUCGUUCCUCCUAGGCCACCGGAGAUUGAUCCUCCGCCGACAGGCCCACCGGAUAUCAUUCCCCCACCGUCAAUGCCACCAGAUAUUCCACCGCCGCUGCAAGAAAUUCCGGCCGUUUUCUGA